GUGAAUCGUAAGAAAUGAAAACAACAAGAUUCACGACACUUGUCUCUAUUUCGUAGCGAAUUUCACGGCCCUUCUCAUCAUUUUGAGUGUUAAAUUAGAAAAAUAUGGAUAUGUUGAGUAGCUGGUGGGGCGGAAAGCCUGAUAACAAAAUAUCGGAAAACAAAGUCAGUAAACAAGAUGAUGGAGGAGGUGAAACUGGACCCAAAGUCAAAGACCGCGACCGAAACGAGGACGAUACUCCAGCUUUGGAAGAAACGGCUCCUCGUAUUGCAACGCCAGCAGAUACGGGGGACCAAGGGCAAGGUUCCGCUAUCGAGCCAGAGGAGCACCCGAGUGGCGAUGACAACAACGACAAAGAAUCGGUCGACACGAAAGCGAAUGACGGAACAAAAACUGAAGACAAAGGAACACCUGCACUUGGUGGCUUGACCAAAAUGACAAAAGAAGAAGCAGCUGAGGCUGCAGAGGCAGCAUUGAAUUCUGCAUAUAGUUUUGGCAGCUUUUUAUUCAAGAAGGUUUCUGAUACUGCAUCUAAGACAGCUAACAUGAUCCAGAAGACAGUUGAAGAACAGACGAUAGUAGGAGAGUUUACAAGGGAACAGCAGAAGUUUGUAAAGGAGAAGCAUUCCAAGAGAUCAGAGGCAGCUGUACCUCCAUGGGUUGGGUACAAUGAAGAAGAACAGAUGAAAGAACAGAUUCUUGCUUUAUCACAGGACAAGAGGAAUUUCAUGAGGAAUCCUCCGGCUGGCGUCCAGUUCCAUUUUGACUACAAUACCAUCCAUCCUAUCGCCAUGGCAACCCUACAAGAGGAUCCUAAUCUCCAAAAGAUGAGAUUUGCUCUGGUUCCAAAGAAGAUAACAGAAGAGAACUUCUGGAGGAAUUACUUCUACCGUGUUUCCCUUAUCAAGCAGUCUUCACAGCUAACAUCAUUAGCAUCAAAAUCAGGUGAUGAAAGGAGAAGAAGUAACGGGACCGGUUCUGCUUCACAUUCAUCAGAUGAAGGUUCAUCGCUAAAAGGUGACAAGACUCCUCCUAUUGAUGUGAAGGGCACCCCCAGUGCUCCUGCCAAACCCACCAAGUCCGAAGAAGAUCAGCUGGAUAUGGAAACGCCUGACAGUCCACCAGGGUCAGAGUUCAUCAGCGAUGCUUUCAACUCUGAAUUGGAUGAAGAUGAUCUGAUGAAGGGCAUGGAACAGCUAGGAAUGGACAAAAAGGGUGAAGAGGGAGGAGAAGAGGACGUCCCGGAAUGGGAAAAAGAGCUCCAGCAAGAGCUUCAGGAUUAUGAGGUCGUUGGGGAGGAGCAGAACGAGGAGUGGGAGAGAGAGAUCAAUCAGAUGCUGGAGGAUGAAGUGGACAAACAAUCGUAAUAAUGGCUGGACACGAACAUGGACACGCCCAGUGACACGCCAAGGAGGACCAAAUAGUGUCUUGACUGAACUCGAGAAUCUCUUAAAACCCACAGGUUGUAUUUAUGGGCAUUGUUGUACAAGUAGGAACUCUUAGGGAAGAAGAGAUCUAGUAGUCAAGGGAUUAAAGGCUAAAUCGUCUACCAGUUUGAUCCUGUAUUUAGCAUCUUGGUACCAGAGGAUUCACUGUUCCAUGAGUUUACUAGGUAAAUUAGUGGUCAGCAGAAACCACCAGAUAUCCUGUUCACUGGUGGUGAUGGUCCUGAUUUUGAUGAUCAUGUUGAUUAUCUUCAUAUAUGAUGAUUAUGAUUAUUAUGAUGACAUAGUGAUGAUGAUGAUGAUGCUAAUCUUGAUGAUGGUGGUGAUGAUGAUGAUGAUUGAUUGUGAUGAGAUACACGUGCAAAAUGUCUCGGGUUUUACUUGGUCGUCUGCAUCCUAGGCUCUUUCUCAUCCCUUCAAAGAUUCUUUCUCAUUCCUCGAUCAAACCCCAUAAAACACAGAUUCUGGCGACAGUCAUGGUUUCCUGUUUUCUCCUGCAUUAUUAAUCUUGAACAUUUAUAAUCUUGAUGACAAGGAUGAUGAUGAUGAUGAUGACGAUGGAUGAUGAUGAUGAUGAUGAAGAUGAUGAUGAUGAUGACGAUGAUGAUGAUGAUGAUAAAUAUUAUGAUGUACAUGAAUUAUCUUGGUUGAUAUACAUAAUUUCCAAUAUUUUGAUGAUGAUGAUGUGCUACAUGUAUGUACUCUUGUAACCACAAAGAAACACAUAGGGCAAGGAUAACAGUACACUGGAAUUGGUAUCUUAACAAAAUAUGUUUGUCUUGCAAGUUAAUGUUGUGUCACAGAUUCGCGGACCAACUAGUACCAUGUUCCAUUUCAUACCCACUACCAUGUUAUA